UUAUUUUGUUGAGGGAUUCGCGAGGCGACGGUAACGUGUUUCCGUGCCGGUCGAAAUGUGCAAAGAUUAAAAGCUAAUUUCACGCCAGUAGUCCCCGCUGAGGUGUCUGAGAAAUGGCCUCCCCGACUUUUGGAGCGCGUCUCCUCUGUAGGAGGGCGGCGGUGAAGAUAACCAGCAGGGGAAUGAGCACGGCGGCAGACGCACAGUCCCGGGGGGGUUUCCUGAGAGGAGAACCGCACCGGAGGCACCCGGGUGUGACCAACCUGAAAACUCUGCGCCUACCCGACGAACUCCAGACGGCCGCGCGGGCGAUUAUCAACAGAGCUCCGGUGACUCGGCUGACUGACCGCUCUCGCAGCCUGGCGAACUUCCUGUGGAGCAGAAAAAGAGCCGUCGAGGAUUGGACGCUGAGGCGGAAAGCUGUGAGCCUGGAGAGGGGACUGUGGGAGGAAGCCACGGAGAAGGCACGAGAUAUGGAUGAACAGUUACUGGAAGAACGCAUCAGGAAGAAAGUGUUUUCAGAGCUGAGAAAAACGACGUAUCACUGGACUCCCAUGAAGUAUGACGAAGAGUUAGCCGUGGUUUACAUGGCGGCUCGGCUGGCCGGGGGCUACGCAGCAGUGAGGAGGGCCAUGAAUGAGAUCAAGAAGCGGGAUCCCUCUUUUGCCCCCAAGUCUCUCCUGGACUUCGGAUCGGGGCUGGGAACAGUUGUCUGGGCAUCGCACUCGUGCUGGGGCGACACUAUGAGGGAGAUGGUGUGUGUGGACAGCUCCGGGCCCAUGAACGUCCUGGCUGAACGACUUCUUAAAGGUGAUGAAGAAAGAGCUGAACCUCACAUCAAACAAGUCUAUUUCAGACAGUUCCUCCCUGUCUCUCCUAAGGUGCAGUUUGACUUGGUGGCGGCAGCCUUCACCCUGUCGGAGCUCCUGAACGCCAAGGACCGGGAAGAGGCGGUGCUGACUCUGUGGAGAAAGACGGGCUCGUACCUGGUUCUGGUGGAAAAUGGGACCAAAGAAGGCCAUGAGAUGCUCAUGGAGGCCAGAGACACCGUGUUAAAGAAAUGGGAGCAGACGGUCCAUGACAGCAGGCCGGCGUCGGUGUUCGCUCCGUGCCCUCAUGACCUGUCAUGUCCUAAACUGGCCCUCGAACCCACCACACCGUGCAACUUCCAGCAGAUGUUCCACCCUCUGCCUCUACCGGGGCACAAGGAGCGUCAGACGGAGAAGUUCAGCUACCUCAUUCUGACUCGGGCUGAGGCGCCGCCGGUGGAGGCGGACGGCGUGGACUGGGCCAGGCUGAUCGCGCCGGUGCAGCGCAGGACGCGACACGUCCACUGCCGCGCCUGCUGCUCCGACGGACAACUGCAACACCUGGUGGUGACGGCGCGAAAGCACAGCCGGGACGUGUACCGCUGCGCGCGCAGCAGCGACUGGGGGGAUCAACUCCCAACCGCGCCGAGAGCCCCCGACGUCCAGAGUGAUUCAGAGUGACGAUUCAGCGACGAAGAGACAUUUUUCUGUAGACUUUUGAGACGCCGUAAAACCGCCCACUCAGCGUUGUUUUUAAUUCAGCAGAACCUCCACAUUUCCCCCCCCCCGCCUUGGAUUGUUAAAAUACGGACUCAUA